AUGACCAACGCAACUAAUGAAACAAGUGGAAAGGUUUUGAAUUUCGAUCACCUCACAUUUUGGGUGGCAAAUGCUAAAACGGCGUCAACUUAUUUUGUAACGCGCUUCGGUUUCAAACCUUUCGCUGUUCGAGAGGCCUCUGAAGAUAAUCCCAUUCAGUCCUAUGUGGUUCAAUUAAAUAAGAUAACAAUAAUAUUUCAAUCACCGACAUCAACUGAAGGUGUGAUCACAUUGGACCUCACCGCUCAUGGCGAUUUUGUUAAGGAUGUCGCAUUCAAAGUUAAUAAUCUAGAGGAAAUUAUAAAAAGAGCAGCCAAAGAAGGCGCUAUUAUUGUUAAAGGCGUGACCGAAGAAUGCGAUGAAAAUGGUGUCGUUAAGUUCGCUGUUCUAAAAACGUACGGUGACAAUACACACACUUUGAUAGAUAAGUCGCAGUACAAAGGAAGAUUUCUGCCGGGAUACACGAUUAUCGAAGACGUUGAUAUUGUCAAUAAGCUUUUGCCGGACACUCAUCUUGAAUUCAUAGACCACGUGGAAGGAAACAUGGAAGAUGGGACUCUAGAAGAUUCUAUCACGUGGUAUGAAAAGAACCUCAAUAUGCACAGAUUCUGGUGUGUUGAUUAUACCCAUGACUUGGUUCCCUACUCAUGUAUCAACUCGGCAUCUGUUAUCAACGAGUCAGAGACUGUGCUUCUAUCUAUGAAUGAAGCGGCAAAGGGACUUCGUCCAAUAAGCAAAGCCAGAGAAUUCGUCAAAGCACACGGUACGUCCGGCGUUGAACACGUCGCUUUGUAUACAGAUGAUAUAAUUACUACUAUGCGUAACCUCAAGGAGCGAGGUGCAGAAAUAAUAACAUGGCCAGCGACUUAUUAUGACAUGAUCAAGGAGAAACUGAACAAGAGCUCUCUCAAAGUACAAGAAACAAUUGACGAUCUAAAAGAACAGAAUGUUUUGAUAGACUUCGACGAGCGCGGUUACAUGCUGCAGGCGUUUACUAAACAUGUUCAGGCGAGGCCUACUUUAUUCUUGGAAAUUAUACAACGUAGAAACCAUAGGGGAUUUGGUUCCAUGAACUACAAAUGGGUCUUUGAAGCAAUUGAACAGAUGAACGAAAUGAAAACGGAGAGUUGA